AUGCUUCUCAGGGUGCUUUUCUUACAUUUCGCACCAUUGCCGAUUUUAGGAUUACAUUUCUACAUGCGUAAUGAUAGCACACGGUGUUUUUAUGAGAACUUAGCUGUUCAGCAUAUAAUUUCUGCCAAGUUCAACGCCACGGCCACAAUAGACGGUCUCUAUGAAAAGGAGGUGGAUAUCGAUCUGACCCUUACGGUCAGCGAGACAUUUGAGAAUAACAACCUGGCAAUGACGAAGCACGUCAAAUCCUUUGGUGGGUUUGACUUUACUGCGCUGGAGAGUGGAGAGCACAGGUUUUGCAUACAUUCCGCGGUAUCUAAAGCGCAGUGUGUCCUUAGGGUUGAAAUGAAUCUUGAUAUCGCCACACUGCGUCCUCCCGGCGUAGCUUCUGCUCAGCACAGGCAGCAGGCUAAAGAACGAAUUAACCGCCUCGUGAAACGUUUGGAGGUUUUGCGAAGUCACCAACGGACUGUGAAGAAUAGAGAGAAAGCAGUCACCAUCUUGGGCGAACGCUUGCACUCGAAAGUUUUAUCAGGGUCCUUCUUUCAGGCUAUUGUUUCAGUGGCAAUAUGUUUAUUCCAACUGAGAUCUCUACGAGGACUCGCCGGCCUGAACGAUUGA